AUGGCUGGCUCUGGAAUUGGCCACCUCCCUGUGGCUCCCCCUUCAGAGGUCCCUUCCGUAGAAGAGUUCUUGCAGGAUAACAGGCCUGCACCCCAGCAUGCCUUGCUCAGGAAGGUGCCCAGUCCUUGUCUGCCCUCCUCACCGGUGUCCUCACCAAGACUAGGGCAUGGGCACCCCUUUCUGAGGUGUGCUUGUCCCCUCUGCCCUGGGGGUCCUGACCCUGUCUUGUCACUUCAGGUGGCCUGUGAGUUUGGCCUGUUGCACGUGGUCUCCCAGAGCGGUGGCAUCCGGGGCAGGGACUAUUGCAUCCUCUACAACUCGCAGUGGGCCCACCUGCCGCGUGACCUCAGCAAAGUGUCUCUUCUGAAGCUUCGAGACUUAAGCUCAACCCAGCUGUGUUCCUACCUUGACCUUCCUGUGGAAGACCUCACCAACCAGAUUGCGCUGGUGGCCCGGGGCAACUGUACCUUCUACGAGAAAGUGCGGCUGGCUCAGGGCAGUGGGGCGCAUGCACUGCUGAUUGUCAGCAAGGAGAAGCUGGUCCCUCCAGGAGGCAACAAGACACAAUAUGAGGAGAUAAGCAUCCCUGUGGCCCUGCUUAGUCACAGGGACCUGCAAGACAUCUUCAGGCGCUUCGGCCGUGCGGUGAUGGUAGCACUAUAUGCACCGAGCGAGCCAGUGAUGGACUACAACAUGGUCAUCAUCUUCAUCAUGGCCGUGGGCACUGUCGCCCUCGGUGGCUACUGGGCCGGCAGCCGUGACGUAAAGAAGUACAUGAAGCAUAAGCGAGAUGAUGGGCCUGAAAAGCAGGAGGACGAGGCGGUGGACGUGACGCCCGUCAUGAUCUGCGUGUUUGUCGUCAUGUGCUGCGUCAUGCUGGUGCUGCUCUACUACUUCUACGACCAUCUGGUCUAUGUGAUCAUCGGCAUCUUCUGCUUGGCCUCCUCCACCGGUCUCUACAGCUGCUUGGCACCCUGUGUGCGCAAGCUGCCCUUCUGCACCUGCAGGAUCCCCGACAACAACCUGCCGUACUUCCACAAGCGCCCCCAGGCCCGCAUGCUGCUGCUGGCACUCUUCUGUGUCGCUGUCACCGUAGUGUGGGGCGUCUUCCGCAAUGAGGACCAGUGGGCCUGGGUCCUUCAGGACGUCCUGGGCAUCGUCUUCUGCCUGUACAUGCUGAAGACCAUCCGCCUGCCCACCUUCAAGGCCUGCACACUGCUGCUGCUGGUGCUCUUCAUCUACGAUGUCUUCUUCGUCUUCAUCACCCCCUUUCUGACCAAGAGUGGGAACAGCAUCAUGGUGGAGGUGGCCACUGGGCCCUCGAACUCAUCCACUCACGAGAAGCUGCCCAUGGUACUGAAGGUGCCCAGGCUGAACACCUCACCACUUUCCCUGUGUGACCGACCCUUCUCCCUCCUGGGCUUUGGAGACAUCUUGGUGCCAGGGCUGCUGGUGGCUUACUGCCACAGGUUCGACAUCCAGGUGCAGUCUUCCAGGAUCUACUUCGUGGCCUGUACCAUUGCCUAUGGCCUGGGUCUCCUGGUGACAUUCGUGGCGCUUGUCCUCAUGCAGCGUGGCCAGCCCGCGCUGCUCUACCUGGUCCCCUGCACAUUGAUGACCAGCUGCACCGUGGCACUGUGGCGCCGGGAACUGGGUGCCUUCUGGACAGGCAGCGGCUUUGCGAAGGAUGUACCUCAGACCUCAUGGGCUCCAGCUGAGGGGCCUGCACCUCCGAUGGACUCAGAUGCCCCCCUCUCCCAGCAGCCUGCAGGUGAAGACCUAGCCAAGAGACCCCUGCCCACUGAGGAAGCAGGCCUGCCUGAGGAGGCAGGAGUUGCAGACUCUGCUGGGGAUCGUCAUAGUCCCAUGGCUAGCACUUCCAGCCCCACAGAUGGGGACCAGGUCCAGCCCAGCUCUGUGUUACAGCCAGGGACUUCGGCCUAGGAAAAGGAGGCGCACGAGCUGGGCCCUUGCAGCCUUCCAUGCCAUACAGAUGCAGGCCACCAGGGACAUGCAGGGAACAGAGACAACUGCCACCCUCCUGGGCGGCAGACCUGCGCUGUGCCCUCCCUAACAUGGUGCUCAGCCCUCUGA